GUGCAUGGCCAUAUGCUUAUAAGAAACACAUAUCCGUAUAAAGCAAGAGAUGCAAUCUGAACUCACCCAGAGCAAAGAUAUAAUAGGGGUACAUGAAUGCAAUCCCCUUCGUAACCAGUUGUUGUCAAUUGCUAUAGAUACUUUCAAUGCACAGGAAGCCGAGCGGCCCCAAAAGCUAGAACAGGCUCGACAGCGAUGUAUUUCGGAAGCUAGGAAACGAGAAGAGGAAGCAGCAUUGUUAAAAGUUAGGUUGGUGAUGGCCUGUCGUUUUUCCCAAGAUUUCAAUACGAACCAAGCUGCAAUCCGAGAAGCAAUUGAGUAUGCGAGGCAGAGAGCUGCUAAAGAUAAUGGACGAACAAUUAUGAUCACAGGGCAAUUGACCAGCAACGGAGCUGUCAGCACUAGCAGUAACAACAGCACUAACAGUGAAAAGAAUAGUAGCCAGAUCAAGGGCUCAUCGCAGCCAAUAAGCAAGAAAAAGACAAAGUCAAGGCAAAAGCCACUUCGUGAUGAGACUCGCAUUCAGGAUGUAAUUGAUAAGUACCAUGAACUCGACUUUUUCUUGGACGAAUAUAUACGCCUUGUGUAUAUCAAAAAUGCCGGAUUAGAGCCUUGGCAAGUUGAUAUGAGGAAGGAUUUGACAUUGCUGUCGUGUCGCAGAGAAGUCCGAGACCUAAUUGGAAUAUAUUGGGAUAGCUCUAAGCCUCUUAAGCCCGCAUUAUGUCGGGCCUUGGAAACCCUUGUUGUAGACUACCGAAGUGUGAAUGCGGGAGAGGCCUCAAAGUUACUUAGGACCAUGGAUGGAACCUCCAUCGAAGAGAAACGGGUUCUCCUUAUCCAAGAAGGUCACCAGAUCACACGCGGGAUCACAAAGACCAUGUACGCUUCUAAUGGUACCCUAGAUCCUUAUGUAGCGGCUGCAUUUGGAUUUUAUGACGAUGGCUAUAAAGGCUAUAAUAGUCAUAAUGACAGCAGUGAAAGUGAUGAUUCACUCUACUCUGCAGAUGAGGGGAGCGUCCCGAACAAAGACGAUGGCGAUAAUAUUCCAGACUUGGUAUACUAUGAAGACGACAACAACACUAACCGCAUGGACAGAUUACGUGAUGGAAAGGUUUUUAGUGUCCUAAAGCUUUGCGAUAUCGUCGUCAACUACCAGAGUGCAAACCCUGAUUUUUUAGACUGUUCUGAAGUUCCGGACUUGAAGGAAUAUAACAGUGAAGAUGAAAAGGAAUCCACAAGAUGGAAGCAACAGCAAGAGGAGGAAAAAGUGCGAGCGGAGAGGCUACUGCAGGAGAAGGAAAGAGAAAAAAGGAAAAAGCGCGAGCAGAUCGUCGAGGCUGAAAGGAUCGCCAGGGAGAAAGCAGAGGCCGAGAGGAUUGCCAAGGAGGAGGCUAAGAGGGCUGCCAAAGAGAGAGCAGAGACUGAGCGGAUUGCCAAGGAGAAAGCAGAAGCAGGACGGAUCGCCAAGGAGAAAGCUGAAGCAGAGCAGAUCGCCAGGGACAAAGCUAAAGCUGAGAAGAUUGCUAGAGAGAAAGUAGAAGCGGAGAGGAUUGCCAAGGAGAAAGCAGAAGCUGAGCGGAUCGCCAGGCAGAAAGCGGAAGCUGAGAGGAUCGCCAAGGAGAAAUUAGAAGCUGAAAAGAUUGCCAGAAAGGAGGCGGAAAAAGAAAAACUCGCUAAGGAAAAGGAAAUGGUGGAAGGACUUUAUAAAGAGAAUAAAGAGGCCGAGCGUGCCGCCAGAGAGAAGGAGGGCAAUCAAGUGCAGCAAAAAGUGAAAGCGCAAUUAAUUGUUGGCUCGCAGGAGAGUGACGGAAGAAAGAAGUACCUCUUGGACAAGAUGAUUCACGAAAACCACCUUACAGACUUGCAGGAGCAAUACAACUCGAUCAUUUCUCUGGAAAGCAAUGCAAAAAUCAGGAAAAACAAAAUGGAUAUUGCAUAUAAUACUGCAAAAGAGACCGAGCUUCAGGCGAUUAAUACAGCAAAGGAUCAGUAUAUUAGAGAAAUUACGAGGGUGCGAGAUGAACAGAUUAAGAAGAAGGAAGGACAGCAUUCGCGAUUCACAUAUGUCCGGAAUACAGCUAAGGAGCCAGAGAAACCCUUCGAUCCAACCAGCGCACCAUCCGUUGUUGAAGCCAUGAAAGCCGUGGCUACAGCACAGCUUAUGAAAGAUAAAGUUCGCCAGGAGUACAAGCUGAUCAAAGAAGAAGAAGAGCGGAUAGCGAACCUGAUUGUACAAAAGAGAGCAAGUCUCCAUGCAUUAGAUUCAGCGGAGGGUAGGCGACUGAAAGAAGAGAAUGCUACCAGGGAACGACUUGAGGCUGAGAAGGAAAAGGAAAAGGAGAGAUUGAGACAACAAGCUGAACAAGAUCCAGUUGCGCUCGCUAUGAGUCGGAAAGAGCCUGUCCGAUUGACCAUCCCCAAAGAUACACUCUUUUUUGAUUGGCAAGGCAUCAACCUGACGCUUCCACUAUGGAUAUUUCCCUCCCGUCUGGAGAAGGAAAUGGAUGCCAGAGUUGAUGCGUUACACUCUGUAAGUGUCCAUGUAACUGAAAGAAGACUAUCAAGGAACUCCGGUUGCGCCACUGCUAAUAUUUUUUUUUACUUUCUUUUUUGAUGGCGCUUACUUGAAGGAUCUUUUACCUGGUAAAGAGAACCUGGAAAAACGAAUAAGUCUACUUCUGCGAUUACAGACGAUGUUUAAAAGUGAAUAUCCGCACCUAGAACUUGACCUACGACCAUUCGGGUAAAUAAUUCAUUACAGAUUAUAACGACUUGAUAGGCGAUCAAGAAAUUAU